AAUUGGGAGCGUGGUGUGGAAAGCAAAGAUUGAAGGGGAUGGGGAAGGAAGGCUUUGGGGGCAGAACUUAAAGUGUUGAAGGGGCUUGUAGGUGGGGCCUUUCCCCAACUUGUCUCCCUAACUCUGCCAAAGGUAGCCCCACCAGUGCCCUAACCUAAGGAUAGAUCCAGGGUCUGAUCUCUUCGUGCAUUUUCCACUGCUCACCUGGACCAGUGCAGUCACCUCACCCCAUACCCCAGCUGCACCCUGCAGACAGCAGAGGUGUCCUGUUGAAAUAUAAGCCUUCCUGGGGCUUCUAUGUGACGCACGGUGAAAGCCCACAGGACCCUGCACGACCUGCCCUGUCACCUCCCACCCUCAUCCCAAUAACCAGGCCACUCCUUAAAUACCCCAGGCUCAGUACUCCCUCUGUGCCUUUGCACUGGCUGUUCCCUCCACUUGCAAUACUUUUCCCAGACAUCUGCAUGCCUCUGUGUUUCCCUUGCAUCUAUGCUCGUGUCUUUUCCCUAUGAGGCCUCCCUGGUCCUCUGUAUUUAAAAUGCCCCUCCCCUUUCACACACACACACAUAAAACCCAAGAGCAGGGAUUGGGUCCUUUUCAUUCCUUGUGGUGACCCAACAUCCAGCAUGGCAUUCAGCAUCUUGCAGACACAUGGCAAAGGCAAGCCAGUCCUCCCUGUCACUCCCUCCUUCAGGUGUCAUUCUCUUUCUCAGGUGACUACCCUUGGUGUGUAACCUGUGGCAGGUGGGCACAAUGGAUCUGGCUUACGUCUGCGAGUGGGAGAAGUGGCCCAAGAGCACCCACUGUCCAUCAGUGCCCCUGGCCUGCGCCUGGUCCUGCCGCAACCUCAUCGCUUUCACUACAGACCUCCGGAAUGACGACCAGGACCUGACCCGCCUGAUCCACAUCCUGGACACGGAGCACCCCUGGGAUGUGCACUCCAUCAGCUCGGAGCACAGUGAAGCCAUCACCUGCCUUGAGUGGGACCAGUCAGGCUCCAGGCUCCUGUCAGCUGAUGCCAAUGGGCAAAUCAAGUGUUGGAGCAUGGCGGACCACCUGGCCAACAGCUGGGAGAGCCCUGUGGGAAGCCUGGUGGAGGGGGACCCCAUCGUGGCCCUGUCUUGGCUGCACAACGGUGUGAAGCUGGCACUCCAUGUGGAAAAAUCAGGCGCUUCCAGCUUCGGGGAGAAGUUCUCUCGCGUCAAGUUCUCACCAUCGCUCACACUGUUUGGGGGCAAGCCCAUGGAGGGCUGGAUUGCAGUGACGGUCAGCGGUCUGGUCACUGUGUCCCUACUCAAGCCCAGCGGGCAGGUGCUGACAUCGACGGAGAGCCUAUGUCGGCUGCGUGGCCGUGUUGCCCUGGCUGACAUUGCCUUCACGGGUGGUGGCAACAUCGUGGUAGCCACGGCAGAUGGCAGCAGUGCCUCCCCCGUGCAGUUCUACAAGGUGUGUGUGAGCGUAGUCAGCGAGAAGUGUCGCAUUGACACCGAGAUCCUGCCCUCGCUCUUCAUGCGCUGCACCACUGACCUCAACCGCAAGGACAAGUUCCCUGCCAUCACCCACCUCAAAUUCCUGGCCCGGGACAUGUCUGAGCAGGUACUUUUGUGCGCUUCCAGCCAGACGAGCAGCAUCGUGGAGUGCUGGUCCCUGCGGAAGGAGGGGCUCCCUGUGAACAACAUCUUCCAGCAGAUCUCUCCUGUGGUUGGCGAUAAGCAACCCAUGAUUCUCAAAUGGCGGAUCCUGUCGGCUACCAACGACCUAGACCGAGUGUCUGCUGUGGCACUACCCAAGCUACCCAUCUCACUCACCAACACUGACCUGAAGGUGGCCAAUGACACACAGUUCUACCCUGGCCUCGGGCUAGCCCUGGCCUUCCAUGAUGGUAGCGUCCACAUCGUGCACCGGCUGUCACUGCAGACCAUGGCCAUCUUCUAUAGCUCCACAGCUCCACGCUCCAUGGAUGAGCCAGCUAUCAAGCGCCCUCGGACCACGGGCCCCACUGUCCACUUCAAGGCCAUGCAACUGUCUUGGACCUCCCUGGCCCUUGUGGGCAUCGACAACCAUGGGAAGCUGAGCAUGCUACGCAUCUCACCCUCCAUGGGCCACACACUGGAUGUGAACCUGGCCCUGCGGCACUUGCUUUUCCUGCUGGAGUACUGCAUGGUAACCGGCUAUGAUUGGUGGGACAUCCUGCUGCACGUGCAACCCACCAUGGUGCAGAGCCUGGUAGAGCGACUGCACGAGGAGUACACGCGACAGAAAGCUGCCCUUCAGCAGGUCCUUUCCACCCGGAUCCUGGCCAUGAAGGCUUCUCUCUGCAAGCUUUCCCCCUGCACCGUGACCCUUGUGUGUGACUACCAUGCCAAGCUCUUUCUCAUCGCCAUCAGCUCCACGCUCAAGUCCCUGCUGCGCCCGCACAUCCUCAACACGCCCGACAAAAGUCCCGGCGACCGGCUAACUGAGAUCUGUGCCAAGAUCACAGAUGUUGAUAUAGACAAGGUCAUGAUCAACCUCAAGACGGAGGAGUUUGUCCUGGACAUGAACACACUUCAGGCCCUGCAACAGCUCUUGCAAUGGGUGGGCGACUUUGUGCUCUACCUGCUGGCCAGCCUGCCCAACCAGGGUGCUCCACUGCGGCCUGGACACAGCUUCCUGCGGGAUGGCACCUCGCUCGGCAUGCUGAGGGAGCUGAUGGUCGUCAUCCGCAUCUGGGGCCUCCUGAAGCCCAGCUGCCUGCCUGUGUACACGGCCACCUCUGACACCCAGGACAGCAUGUCUCUGCUCUUCCGCCUGCUCACCAAGCUCUGGAUUUGCUGCCGUGAUGAGGGCCCCACAUGUGAGCCAGAUGAGACGCUCGUUGAUGAGUGCUGCCUCCUGCCCAGCCAGCUGCUCAUCCCCAGCUUGGACUGGCUGCCUGUCAGUGACGGCCUGGUCAGCCGCUUGCAGCCCAAGCAGCCCCUGCGUCUGCACUUUGGCAAGGCUCCCAGUCUCCCCGGCAGUGCCACCACCUUGCAGCUGGAUGGCCUUAUCAGGGCAACGGGCCAGCCCAAGAUCGACCACCUGCGGAGGCUGCACCUGGGAGCCCACCCCACAGAGGAAUGCAAGGCCUGUACAAGGUGUGGCUGUGUUACCAUGCUCAAGUCACCCAACAAGACAACAGCCGUCAAACAAUGGGAACAGCGCUGGAUCAAGAACUGCCUGUGUGGGGGACUCUGGCGGCGGAUGCCCCUCAGCUGCCCCUGACUGGGGCCCCCAAGCCCUGUAAAUAGAUUCCUAAUGGAUUUUAUAGGAAGGUGAUCCCUUCGUCAGUGACAGCAUUCCACAUACUCAGGAUCUUUAUUGGAUGCAUUAAAAAAUAGUCAUCCUCUCCCUA